UAUAUAUACACACACACAUAUAUAAUAAUCUUGCAUAGUACACUCCGUCGCGGCCGCGCCGGUGGGUGGGGUUUCCAUCACUAUGUCGCCAUGAGGAAGGCCAGAAAACCCUCCACCUCCACCACCACCACCACCACCACCACAACUGGCGGCGGAGGCGGCGGAGCUGCGGCGGCGAUGAGGGUGAUAGUCCCUUUACAAGGAGUGGUGCAAGGCCGCGGAGGGCUUUUCCUAGGCACUGUUAUCCCCUGCGCCCUCUUCUACUUCCUCCAGCUAUACUUCAAGAGCCGCGGCGGCGGCGGCGGCGGCAGCCGCCGCCGCACCCAGCCUCCUCCGCCGUCGGAGAUGGAAACCCUUUCGCCGGCAAAUUCAUCUUCUUCUUCUGGGCUACAAAGAGUGCAUUCGAGGUCACUGAUUUCUCCGAGGGGGGCCGGCGCCCCGGCGCACGUGUCGUCGAGAGCGAAUGCGGUUUUAAAACAGAGUGACGGGCCGUACUACGAGGGAAUGAAACGGGUCGAGGAGGACCCGUUUGACCCGACCCAGAAUCCGAAUGGUGUUAUUCAGCUUUGGUUGGCUGAGAAUAGGUUGUCUCUGAAUUUAGUACAAGAGUGGCUUGCAGAUCAUGCAACGGGAUCGAUUACGGGCCGAGAAUUGAGCGUAAGUCGGGCCGCCACAUAUCAGCCGUUCGAUGGUUUGAUGGAUUUGAAAACGGCUGUGGCAAAUUUCAUGUCUCAAGUAACAGAGAGACCGUUAUUUUUCAAUCCAGCACAAAUAGUACUAACAACCGGUGCAACACCUGCAAUCGAGAUUCUUGUUUUCUCAUUGUCAGAUCCGGGAAAUGCUUUUCUCGUACCGUCACCAUAUUGUCCCGAUCUUGAUGCAGAUGUGAAAUGGCGAACGGGGGUUGAAAUAAUACCGGUCCCUUGCCGAAGUGCAGAUGGCUUCAAUUUAAGCAUCACCGCCCUCGACCGAGCCUUCAACCAAGCCAAGAAACGCGGCCUCAAAGUACGAGGGGUGAUUUUAUCGAACCCCUCAAACCCCGUCGGCAUUCUCCACAACCGCGAAACACUCUACAGCCUCCUCGAUUUCGCCGCAGAAAAAAACAUCCAUAUCAUUUCCAACGAACUAUACGUCGGAUCUAAAUCCAAUCAAGAAAGUCAAGACGAAUUCGUAAGCAUGUCGGAAAUAAUCGAACAGGAAGAAUUCGACAAAAACCGAGUUCACAUAGUUUACAGUCUAUCCGAUGAUCUUUCUCUUGUCGGGUUCAAGACCGGGCUCAUCUAUACACACAACGAGAAUGUGCUAUCCGCAGCGCAGAAAUUAUCAAGAUUUUCGUCUAUCUCAGUGCCAACUCAGCAUUUGCUAAUCUCUAUGCUCUCGGACGAGAAUUUUGUUCGGCAAAGUAUCGAUUUUUGCAGAGAAAGGCUUCGGAAUAUAUAUAUCGAGUUUUUGAACGGCUUAAAGAAGUUGGGAAUCGAGUGCAUGAAAGGUGGCGGUGGAGGGUUUUAUUGUUGGGCCGAUAUGAGCGGAUUAAUUAGUCCGUACAGUGAAAAGGGAGAGAUCGAGCUUUGGGAGAAGCUGUUGACCAUGGUCAAGAUUAACGUUCUUCCGGGAUCUUCUUGUCGGUGUGUGGAGCCCGGAUGGUUCGGUUUGUGCUUCAGCACUUUAUCGGAAAAGGAUAUUCCUUUGGUUAUGAGACGUAUUCAGAAAGUUUUGGGAACGUGUAAAUCUUCUUCUUAGUUGAAAUUUGUUUAUUUUAUUCGAUUCUUUCUUGUAGAAAGCUGAAAAAAGUCGAGAUUAUAUAUAGUUAUAUAUUUACGUAUGUUUGGCCUAAGGCUGCGUGGAGUGAUUUUUCGAUUGAGGUUAUUCGAUUAUUUGUUGUUUGUCAGAAGUUGAACAUUGUAGAUUCUGAUGCAAAAUUAGAGAAACAUUUGCUUCAUUCUUUUAUGUGCAGAGUUUAUAUGUUGUGAUCUUAAUA